UAAAGACAUCUAUCUAUGUCAUGAUGUAUCUCGGGUUUGUUUAUUCUACAUAUGAUGACUAAGUAACAAUGGAGGGGACUUUACUGCAGUCCCUAAAUUUACAGGAGCUCUUUCGAGUUGUGUGGACCACUUUCUCCGUGUAUCUGUCUGUCCUGACGAUCGUCGGGGGCGGGUUUCUUCUGGUGGACAUCUAUCACAGACCAAGAUGGGUCCUAAAAUACAAAAUACAAAAGGGCAAAAAUCUUAUGAUAGAGAAGAGCCGACUUUGGAGUCUGAUAAACAACAUCCUGGUGAAUAGCACCGUAGUUCUACUUCCGGGAGCAGUAGUGUUUUAUUUGUUGUUAAAAUGGCGGGGUUCCGAUCUCUCGUUCACGCCUCCAUCGACUACAGUAUUCCUCGUCCAUAUGCUUGGAUUUAUGAUGAUUGAAGAAAUUGGUUUUUACUACGCUCACAGGCUUCUACACACCUCGUUUUUAUAUAAACGGAUACACAAAAAACACCACGAAUGGACGGCGCCAAUAGGACUGACCGCAGUGUACGCCCAUCCUGUAGAAAUGCUACUGUCCAACCUGAUUCCGUUUUUAUGCGGACCGUUGAUUUUUGGAAGUAACCUCGUGACAACCUUGUGGUGGUUUGCGAUCGCAUUUAGUGUUACUAUUAUUCACCAUAGUGGCUACCAUCUACCACUGUUACCAUCACCGGAGUUUCACGACUUUCAUCACCUGAAAUUCACGGGUAACUAUGGAGUACUCGGUGUUUUGGACAGAUUGCACGAUACAGACAAAGUUUUUCGGGAAAGUUCAAGAUUCAAGAAACAUCGACUAAUUUUUUCUGCGAAGGCACUCACCUAGACCCAGUCCCCAUUCCUAUGCAAGGUUCUAUUCUAACACUGAAUUUGUCACUUAUGGAAACAUUUUACAUUGUCAAUACUAGAGAAUUGUCUUCAUAAAUUUUAGGGACGGAACAAUGAGCCUUGAAUUGAAGAUAGUAUUAAUAAAUGCAUGUUUAUUUACCAGA